AUGGACUACUAUCAAAGUAGGCAGGCUCAACAGUAUCCUGUGUCUUCGACUUCGACAACAGCCCAAUCGCAAGCAGCUCCUAGCAACUACAUGUAUGCGUCGAAUAAUAUGUACUAUGCGCAGCCUUCCACUGGAUUGCAACAAUACGCACCACAGCAUUUUCAAGCAGGAAUGGCCGGUAGUCAAAAUCACACUCAACCAGCCGCUACUCAUUCAUCACAUUGGAACAACGAUUAUGCCGGGGUGACUCAACAGAAUCCAACACAAAAUCAGCAAUCUCGUCGACCACCACAACAUCAGCAACCUAGUGCCGCUUAUGGAACCUAUCGCCCAGCUGGACAAGUUCAACCAGAUGCUUCAAACAGUGCCGCAGCUAUUGGUCUUGCAAGGCCUGGACAUGCUCAGAUGAUGGCAACUCAAGGCCCUCCACAGCUUCCACAACAAGAUCUGCCGCUUCGAAUGGUCGUCGAAGCUAAAUUUGUUGGUGCUAUUAUUGGACAAGGUGGUGGCAAUAUUCGCGAAAUCAGCAAGGAAAGUAAGGCACGAUGUGUUGUCGAUGUUGCUCGAGCUAUGCGUGAUCAGGAUGGAACUAUUGAGAAGGUUAUUUCAAUCCUUGGACAGCCAGAGAACUGCACAAAGGCUUGUGUCAAAAUUUUGGAAGUGAUUCAACGUGAAUUGGAAAAGGAAGACCAAGACAAAACCCAGCCUGAAGUCACUUUGAAACUUCGUGCUCAUAAUCAAUUGGUUGGCCGUCUUAUUGGCAAACAAGGAUCAACUAUUAAAAAGAUUAUGCAGGACACUAAUUCGACAAUUUUUGUUUCCAACGAACCUGCUUCUCAAAUGAGCGCCGCUUUUCCACCAAUGCUUGAUAUUUUGCAACAAGAACGAACGAUCACUGUGCGUGCACCCACGAUUCAAGAGAUUUCGAACGCCGAGCAGAAAAUUUCUUCAAAGUUGCGUCAAAGCUUCGAGAUGGACAUUGCCAAUAGGAUGCAACAGUUCCCUGGUGGAUAUCAUAUGGGAAUGCCGGGCAUUCCAUCGGUUGUCAAUCCUAUUGGUGAUGCUUAUGCUAUGGUUGGUAUGAACAUGCGGAAUCCCUUGAUGGCUAAUACACCAAAAACCGUUCGAAUGUUUGUGCCUAAUAAUAUGGUUGGAGCAAUUAUUGGAACGAAGGGAGCCAACAUUCGCAACAUUAUGCGCAACAGUGGUGCUCAAAUCAAAAUUGAAGGCGGUGAGCGCAAGCGUGAAGGCGACAUUGAAGAACAAGAACGCGAAAAGGAACGUGAGCGUGAAGAACGUGAAAAGAAUCCAGAAGAAGAACGCAUGGUCACAAUCAUCGGCAAUGAUUCGCAACAAUAUCGUGCCCAAUUUUGGAUCUAUCAACGGGUCGCUGAACAAACAAAUCAUAGUUUGGAGGAGGUAAGAUUGCGCACCGAAGUUCAAGUGCCUGCAAAGCUUGUUGGAAGAAUCAUUGGAAAGGGUGGUCAAAAUGUGCGCGAACUUCAAAGAGUUACCGGUGCUCAGGUUAAAAUCCCCGACGAUACGGAAGAAGCUGGUGAAAGUGAAGGUGGAAGCGCUCCAAAGAAAGAUGUAUCUACUAUUUCGGAUGAGGAUAUGAGCUCGUUGAGAAUCGUUGGUACUUUCCAAUCUGCUCAAUCUGUUCAGCUUCGUAUCGCACAUGUGUGUGCCGAUUUUGCCAGAUCGGCUUUGAACAAUGAACGCCGUGAGCGCCUCAAUAAAGAUACUCGAAGUGAUAAUGAGGAUGGUGAUGGACAAGAUCCGAUCUCUCAAGGCUCCCCGGAA